GGCGUCCCUGUCCCCCGUCUGCCGUCAAGGCUUAGCUUAGGAUAGGUGAGACACAGUGCAACAGGCAGGAUCGUGGCGGCGUCACUUUUCCACUGUCCCGUGCCAGAGUGAAAGCCUUGAGUAGCCACACAGUAACAGCAGGGUAGAGCAGGGCAGAGAGGCUUUAAGUCGUUUAUCUGUGGAGGGAUGUUGCUGUGCUCACAAUGACCAACUGUUGGACUGCGUGGGACUGUCAAGGCUGCUCGGCGAAGGAGAGGCAGGGCUCUCUGUGGACGAUGAACCGCUACACCACGCUGAAGCAGCUGGGGGACGGCACGUAUGGCAGCGUCCUCCUGGGAAAGAGCAAUGAGACUGGGGAGCUGGUGGCCAUAAAGAGGAUGAAGAGGAAGUUUUAUUCUUGGGAUGAGUGCUUGAAUCUGCGAGAGGUGAAGUCGCUGAAGAAGCUGAGCCAUGCCAACGUGGUGAGACUGAGAGAAGUCGUCAGAGAGAAUGACUACCUCUACUUUGUCUUUGAGUAUAUGAAAGAAAACCUCUAUCAGCUCAUGAAAGAAAGAAACAAGUUGUUCCCUGAGUCAGUCGUCAGAAACAUGACAUUUCAGAUAUUACAGGGACUGUCCUUUAUCCAUGAACAUGGGUACUUCCAUCGUGAUAUGAAACCGGAGAACUUGCUGUGCAUGGGCCCAGAGCUGGUUAAGAUUGCUGACUUUGGACUAGCGAGAGAAAUCCGCUCACAGCCACCUUACACUGAUUAUGUGUCCACAAGAUGGUACCGGGCCCCAGAGGUUCUGCUAAAGUCGAACACCUACAGUUCACCCAUCGACAUCUGGGCCGUGGGAUGCAUCAUGGCGGAGCUUUACACGCUCAGGCCGCUGUUCCCUGGCAACAGCGAGGUGGACGAGAUCUUCAAGAUCUGUCAGGUGCUGGGAACGCUGAAGAAGUCGGACUGGCCCGAGGGCUACAACCUGGCCACCUCGAUGAACUUCCGCUUCCCAAAGUGUGUCCCCACCAGCCUCAGAUCCCUGAUCCCCAACGCCAGCAACGAGGCGAUCACGCUGAUGAAAGACAUGCUGCAGUGGGACCCUGAGAAAAGGCCGAGUGCUGCUCAGGCUCUGCGGUAUCCAUACUUCCAUGUCGGGCAGGCACUCGGUGCACCUCUUAAGUACUCGGAGCAGCUGAAGGCUGAGGCAAAGAUGUCCGAGGUGGCUCCAGAGACGAAGCCUCUGUCCCUCUGUAAGACGGGCCAAGAGUCCGGUGAGCCAAUAAAAACUCAGAUGGAGCUGCAGACCUGCAUCCAAACUCUCCACCAGCCCCUUCAGCAGAUCUCCCUACCUCAGGACAACAUGGAGCCAAGCACAAAACAAGCAAUGUGUUUCACCACGUCGCAAGACGGGCAGCAGGAACCUCUCAGCCUGGUGAAAAACAGGCAAACGAUGAGCUGGCAGGCUGCUACAAGAGAAGCUCCCACAGGAGCAGAGAACAACAUGACCUCAGCCCGGACUGGACGCCGACGAUGGGGACAGACGUCUUUCAAGUCCAUGGACAGCUGGGACGAAGGUGACGAUCCAGAUGCUGGAGUUUCCAUCUCCAAAAAACCGACCAUCAGCUCUCUGAAGGAAAAAGGACCAGACGGGCCCAGCUGUCGAUUUCCAGACUCAAAGGACGACACGGUAUCAAUGCUCCAGAGCCACGGUGAGCUGAACAGAUCUGAUUCCUCCACCUCGUCUGCCAAGCAGCACUACCUCCGCCAGUCCAGAUAUCUGCCAGGCGUAAAUCUGAAAAGCAACUCCUCAGUAGGAAGCCAGGGGGUCGGCAGAAACCUUUGGGACAGCUCGUGUGUAUCCAGAGGACAGGGGCUGGAGUUCCCUCCACAUGACGACAUUAGCCUUCCUAAACUAACAGAUAAGCAGCCUCUAAAAGAAAAGACCCUGAAGGAUCUUAAUCUCUCCAAAGAGUCCUUCAUGAACAACCCAACUAAGACCUACAUGUCACCUUUUCAGAAGACUGAAACAGGAGCAGACAGGAGACCGAGGAUUACCCUGGCACCGAUAGGAGGCAACUCUGCUAUUGAUCUUUCAACUGCUGCUGAUCUAAGAGUCGAGUCUAAAAUCAAACCGUCCAAAAGUAAAGCUUCCUCAAACAAACCGGUGCUCUCACAUGAAGAAUACGCAGGCUCGAGGAGCAGAUCCCUGAAUCCUCAGUUCUCUGGAUCCAGCACAAGCAUUACAGGGAAGAACACUUAUUUAAAGAGCACAAACAUCCAGCCGGUGCACGGUCGAGUAGACUGGAGCGCCAAAUACGGAGGCCACCAGUAAACACAGCCCUGCUCCACACCAGUGACUCAUGGGAAAAAAUCCCCCCACUGCACUAUUGCCAGGAAAUACAGACUUCAGCGGAGAAGCGUCAACAGUGCACAGAAGUGUUUCCUGCUAGUCUGUUGUUACAUUUGCCAUGUUAUUCAGUGUUGUUCAGUGUUGUUAAAGUGUCCCACGACUUCUACUGUCAGUAUU